AUGACUGCAGUAGCAUGUGGUGUUAGUAUUGGUACAGUGAAACGAAUAACUUCUGAAGCGGCCAAAUCGACUACUGCAGAACCCAUGGCUGGUCCGUCAUUUACAUCUCCUCGAAAAUCAUACAAACGUAUUAAAUAUGCAACCGAUAUUGAUGAUUUUGACGUAGAAAUUGUUCGAAGAACGGUACACGAAUUUUAUGAUCAAGGUCAGUUUCCCACAUCACAAAAAGUUUUAACUGCUUACCAACAAAAAGUGAACAGUUAUAAGGGAUCUAGGAUUUCCAUGUGGCGCAUUCUUAAAUCCUUACAUUUUAAGUACAAAAAAUGUAAUGAUGGCCGUAGAUUUCUUAUGGAACGAAACGAUAUUGUUGCCAUGCGUGUCAAGUUUUUAAGGAAAAUGCACGACUUAAGGCAAAAUAAUGAUACUCGUCCGGUCGUAUAUCUUGACGAAACGUGGGUGAAUCAAAACCAUUCACGUGGAACAAUUUGUCAAAACUCGGAGAAUUCAAAAGGAUUAAAAGUACCAACUGGAAAGGGCAGUAGAAUUAUUAUUUGUCAUGCUGGGUCGAGUGCAUUUGGGUUUGUAAAAGGAGCAAAAUUAAUAUUCCUAUGUAAAUCGGGGGCAAAUAUUGAUUAUCAUACUCAAAUGAACUCGACAAUUUUUAAAAAAUGGUUCAUUGAAAUGAUGCAAAACUUGGAAGAACCUUGUGUCAUUGUAAUGGACAACUCUCCUUACCAUUCUGUUCAAGUUCAAAACUAUCCGAAAUCAAAUGACAAUAAAGCUACUUGUAAAAUAUGGCUCAAAGAAAAUGGUGUGGAAUUUGAUUCAUUUGAAACACUCAGUGAGUUGCGAGAACGGGUAAAACAUUUAAAACCGAAAGACAAAAGAUAUGAACUUGAUGAAAUUGCUUUGCAAAUGGGGCAUGAAGUUAUACGUCUACCCCCAUAUCAUUGUCAAUACAACCCGAUAAAAUUGAUAUGGACCCAAGUUAAAAGUGAAAUUGCAAGUAAAAACAAUAGUUUUAAAAUCACAGAUGUUGAAAACUUGGCAAAUAUUGCCAUAGAAAAUGUUACUGUAGACAACUGGAAACGUUGUGUUGAUCAUUGCGAACGUCUUCAAAAUGAAGACUAUAUUAAAGAAGGAUUCAGGGACCAGAUUUUAGAGCCAAUAAUUUUGACAAUUAACCCGGAAGACAGCAGUGAAAGUGAGAACGACGACGAUGAAUCAUUUCAAUUGUAA